CACAGCACCGGUGUCGGCGCUCCUCUGGAAGCAGCAGGUCGUGACAGGCUAGCUGCAGCGGGCUGUAAACAUGGCGGCGUGCACAGCUACAGGGCUGUGCCGAACACCCGGUCACUGUUAGCCCGAGAGACGCGGACACCCCGAACAUGGAGACCGAGGAGGAGCAGCACAUAACCACGCUCCUCUGCAUGGGCUUCCCAGAUCCGGACGUGAUCCGGAAAGCGCUCCGGCUGGCGAAGAAUGACAUCAACGAGGCAGUGGCGCUCCUGACGAACGAAAGCCCCGGACUCGGGUAUGGAUAUGAACCCAUGGAGAGUGGGCCUUCCUCCGGCUUGAGCUCGAGUGGAGACGGGGAGAGCAGCGGGCGGACCGGGACUGGGUUUGAUCCGCCUCCAGCAUACCACGACGUGGUGGAUAGCGAGAGAGGCAGUGAUGAGAAUGGGAACUGCUCAGGGGGCAGCAUGGAGUUUCCCACCACCAACCUGUACGAGCUGGAGAGUCGUGUCUUCACUGACCACUGGUCCAUCCCCUACAAGAGAGAGGAGUCCCUGGGCAAGUGUCUGAUCGCCUCCAGCUGCCUGGCCCGGCACGGUCUCACUGAUGCUGAUGAGAACUGCAAACGCUUCAUGGACCGCUGCAUGCCUGAGGCCUUUAAAAAGCUGUUGACCAGCAGCGCCGUGCACAAGUGGGGCACCGAGAUCCACGAGGGCAUCUACAACAUGCUGAUGCUGCUGGUGGAGCUGGUGGCUGAGCGGGUCAAGCAGAACCCUGUCCCUGUAACCCUGAUGGGAGUCCUGACCAUGGCCCUGAACCCGGACAACGAGUACCACUUCAAGAACCGCAUGAAGUCCUGCCAGAGGAACUGGGCCGAGGUGUUUGGAGAUGAAGCCAACAUGUUUGCUGUGUCUCCCAGUAACACCUAUCAGAAAGAGCCUCAUGGCUGGCUGGUGGAUUUAGUUAAUCGAUUUGGAGAGCUGGGAGGAUUCUCUGCCAUCCAGGCUAAACUCAACUCUGAGGAUAUAGAGAGCUCAUGUGUAUCAGCUCUGGUCCAGCCUCUUGGUGUUUGUGCUGAGUACUUAAACUCCAGCCUGGUCCAGCCCAUGCUUGAUCCGGUCAUACACAAGACCAUCAAAUACGUGCAGAACCUGGAGGAAAAGGACCUCAAAGAUAAGCGUCUAGUGAGCAUCCCAGACCUGCUGUCAGCCAUCAAGCUGCUGUGCAUGAGGUUCCAGAGGGAGUUGGUGGCUGUGGUGGAUGACCUGAGGCUGGACACGCUGCUGCGCAUGCUCAAAACCCCCCACUUCUCCACCAAGAUGAACUCGCUCAAAGAGGUUACUAAACUAAUAGAAGAGAGCACCGUGUCUAAAACAGUGAAGAAUGCCAUCGACACAGAUAAACUGCUGGACUGGCUCGUGGAGAACUCGGUCCUGUCAAUAGCUCUGGAAGGAAACAUUGACCAGGCACAGUACUGUGAACGGAUCAAGGGAAUCAUUGAGCUGCUGGGGAGUAAACUGUCUCUGGAUGAACUCACCAAGAUCUGGAGAAUACAGGCGGGCCAGUCAUCAACUGUGAUUGAAAACAUUCAUACAAUUAUUGCUGCUGCUGCUGUGAAGUUCAGCUUCGACCAGCUCACCCACCUCUUCGUUCUCAUCCAGAAGAGCUGGGAGGUGGAGAGCGAUCGUGUUCGUCAGAAGUUACUCAGUCUGAUUGGGAGAAUAGGCCGUGAAGCUCGCUCUGAAACCACCACAGGAAAGGUGCUGGAGGUGCUGUGGGAGCUGGCCCACCUCCCCACGCUGCCGACCAGCCUGGUUCAGCAGGCGCUGGAGGAACACCUGGGGAUUCUGAGCGACGCCUAUGCUGUCAAGGAGACAGUGAAACGCAGUUACAUCAUUAAAUGUAUCGAGGACAUCAAGAAGGCUUCUCAGCAGAGCGUUCCUCAGGCCGUCUGGGUUGUUCCRGCCCUCCGACAGCUGCACGAAAUCACUCGUUCUUUCAUCAAGCAGACCUACCAGAAACAGGACAAGAGCAUCAUCCAGGACUUAAAGAAGAACUUUGAGAUCAUUAAGCUGAUCACAGGGUCUCUGGUGUGCUGCCACCGCCUGGCAGUGACGGCUUCAGGCAAUAACGGGCUCUCCUGCUCCACUCUGGUGGACGGCAGGUACACCUACCAGGAGUAUCUGGACAGUCACCUGCGCUUCCUGGCCUUCUUCCUCCAAGAAGCCAGCCUCUACCUGGUGUGGAACAGAGCCAAGGAGCUCUGGGAGUGUCUGGUGUCCGGGCCGGACGUUUGUGAACUUGACCGUGAGAUGUGUUUUGAGUGGUUCACUAAAGGACAACAUGACCUGGAGAGUGACGUCCAGCAGCAGCUCUUUAAGGAGAAAAUCUUAAAACUGGAGCCUUAUGAGAUCACUAUGAACGGUUUUAAUUUGUUCAAGACUUUCUUUGAGAACGUCAAUCUGUGUGACCACCGUCUGAAGCGUCAGGGAACUCAGCUGUGUGUGGAGCGUCUUGACCUGGCGGGGAUGGAUUUUAUUUGGCGCAUCGCCAUGGAAACCCCUGAUGAAGAGAUAGCCAAUGAAGCGAUCCAGCUAAUAAUCACAUACAGCUACACCAACCUCAAUCCUAAAAUGAAGAAGGAUUCUGUCWCUUUGCACAAGAAGUUUAUAGCUGAUUGCUACAAGCGUCUGGAGGCUGCCAGCUCGGCCCUGGGCGGGCCCACUUUAACCCACGCCGUUACCAAGGCCACCAAGAUGCUGACGGCCACUGCCAUGCCCACUGUGGCCACAUCUGUACAGUCACCUUCCAGGUACAGAGGGGGGUUUGGGUCCACAAAGCUGGUGAUAAUUGAAAGACUGUUGUUAUUGGCUGAACGUUACGUCAUCACUAUAGAGGACAUGUACUCAUUUCCUCGCACUAUCCUACCUCAUGGGGCCUCGUUUAACGGACACCCCGUCACUCUUCACAUCACCUAUGAGUCAACCAAAGACACGUUUGCUCUGGAGACCCACAGUAAUGAGACCAUAGGAAGCAUCCGCUGGAAGAUCUCAGAGCAUCUGAGCUGUCCAGUAGAUAAUGUCCAGAUCUUUGCUAACGACAGCAUGCUGACCAUGAAUCGGGACCAGAAGCUGCUGUCCCAGCUGGGCUUCAGUGAUGAGCAGACCCUGACGGUGAAGAGCUCAGGCACUGGCACUCCUUCAGGCAGCUCAGAGUCCUCAGCCUCGGCCUCCAGCAGUUCCAGCUCUGCCGUCUUCAACUCUGCCUACGCCUUGGAGCAGGAGAAGUCUCUGCCUGGGGUGGUGAUGGCUUUGGUCUGCAACGUCUUUGAGAUGCUUUACCAGCUGGCUAACUUGGAUGAGCCCAGAAUCACUCUUCGUGUGAGGAAGCUGCUGCUGCUGAUUCCAACAGAUCCUGAAGUGCAAGAUGCUCUCGACAACUUUGUCCCCAAAGAAUCCAGCGUGUGGAGCCACCAGAAGACACUGUUCACCCUGGGCCAGGGUGCAGGCUCUCGUUCUCCUUCUGUUACCCCCAAGCAGCAGCAUCAGCCCAGCGCUGCGUCCAUCCUGGAGUCUCUGUURAGGUCGUCAGCUCCUGGCAUGUCUACAUUUAGAGUGCUGUACAACCUGGAGGUACUGAGUUCAAAGCUCAUGCCAACAUCAGAUGAUGAGAUGGCAAAAACAAGCAGCAAGUCUUUCUGUGAGAACUUCCUGAAGGCAGGAGGCCUUAGCCUGGUGGUCAACGUCAUGCAGAGAGACUCCAUCCCCUCUGAAGUGGACUACGAGACCAGACAAGGAGUCUACUCGAUCUGCCUUCAGUUAGCCAGGUUCCUCCUGGUUGGUCAGAGCAUGCCUGCAGCGCUGGAUGAUGAUGUCAUCAGGGACGGCGAGGCGCUGUCCUCCCGGCCCUUCCGUAACACGGGGCGUAGCGGGCGACAGCUGUCUCUGUGCGGGACUCCAGAGAAGUCGUCCUGCAGACAGAUGUCCCUGUCUGAGCGCUCAUCCAUACGAGUGGAGGAGAUCAUUCCUGCUGCUCGAGUGGCCAUUCAGACCAUGGAGGUGAAUGACUUCACCUCCACUGUAACCUGCUUCAUGCGUCUAACCUGGGCGGCUGCAGCAGGACGGUUGGAUCUGGUCGGCAGCCCACAGCCAAUCAGAGAGACCCACAGCUCCCUGCUGCCACAAGGGGUCCGCACCCGAGUCAGCAGCACCGGAAGUAACUGCAGCUCCAGCAGUGAGGGUGAGACCACACCCACAGCACUGCAUGUUGGGAUAUGUGUCCGACAGCAGUACGUCUCCACCAAAGACGCCAUCAUCGCCCGGGAGGCUUUGUCUCUGCUGGUGACCUGCCUGCAGCUCCGCUGCCAGCAGCUGGCUUCGUUUUACACCAUUCCCUCCGUCAAUGAUUUUAUUAUUGAUAUUCUGCUGGGCUCUCCCAGCUCAGAGAUCCGCAGAGUGGCCUGUGAUCAGCUGUACACACUGAGCCAGUCUGACACGUCUGCCUUCCCUGAAGUACAGAAAGCCAACCUGUUCCUGCUCUCUGUCAUCCUCACUGCCCAGCUGCCUCUCUGGAGCCCCACGUCUGUCAUGAGAGGAGUCAACCAGAGGUUACUGUCUCAGUGCACAGAGUACUUUGAUCUAAGAUGCCAGCUCCUGGAUGAUCUAACAACCUCAGAGAUGGAGGUGUUACAGGUGAGUGCUGCCACCAUGCUGGAGGAUGAGAUCUCCUGGCUGGACAACUUUGAGCCCAGCUGGAGCUCUGAGAUGGAGACCAGCGAGGCAGAUAACAUCCUGCUGGCAGGACAUCUGCGACUCAUCAAGACACUGCUGUCUCUCUGCGGCAGUGAGAAGGAACAUCUGGGUCCGUCUGUCAUCCAGCAGUUGUUGGACGACUUCCUGUUUCGAGCAUCUCGUAUCAUCAUCAACAGCUCCAACGCCACUCCCUCUCCUGCACCGAGCCACGACUUCCACCCCAAGUGCAGCACAGCCAGCAGCAGGCUGGCAGCCUAUGAGGUGCUGGUGAUGCUAGCAGACAGCUCUCUGUCCAACCUUCGCCUCAUCACCAAGGAGUUACUGUCCAUGCACCACCAGUCUGAUCCAUCCCUGUCCAAGGAGUUUGAUUAUUUACCUCCUGUGGAGAGCCGGUCGGUGUCAGGCUUCGUAGGCUUGAAGAACGGUGGAGCCACGUGUUACAUGAACGCUGUGUUCCAGCAGCUGUAUAUGCAGCCUGGCCUUCCUGAGGCUUUCCUGUUGAUUGAGGACGACAUCGACCAGCCUGAGGAAAGUGUCUUCUACCAGGUGCAGUCUUUGUUUGGUCACCUGAUGGAGAGCAAGCUGCAGUACUACGUGCCUGAGAACUUCUGGAAG